UCCGUCAAACAGUCCUCGUCUAGACGUUGAAACUGUUGGCUCUGUGCACUUAAACUCAUUCAUAGAUUGAAGUUAAUAAAUUCGUAAUUAAGAUCAAUUAUUAUGAGAUACUUGCAAAUUUCACGAUCGUUCAGGUAAAGAAGGUUCGAAGGCUCCAAACGAGAGAAAAAAGAAAAAUAAAAUGGAAUUAAAUUUGUUGUUACAGUUCAGCUUGUUUGUUGUAAUUCACAUGAGCGGAUGCGCUGCUGAAGCGGUCUACGAUGUUACAUGUUCCUCCAAAGUAAUGAAAAUCACCAUUUACAUCAACGUUACAGAAACGACAAUAUAUCUAGAAAGGUUAAAAGGUUAUUACGGUUGCAAACCGGAAAUUCAAAACGAUCGUGCCACCUUUACUCUUUCUCUGGACGAUAUUUAUAGUUGCGGUACGACUAAAAUUUUAAAUAAAGUUACGGGGCAAAAGAUAUAUUAUCAUAGAAUUAUAUUAGAACAUUCGAACGAAGAUAAAGAAGUAAUUCUGGUUAGAUGUGUCAUUCCUGGUGAUCAAAAUAAGAGAAGGAUAAGAAAUGAAAGGAACACUUUGCCUGAAGACUUCUCGGAACCUACAAACAUCAACAUAACCGAUUACAUAGAAGCAUACGCUGCUGUACCUUAUUUAAAUUUGGCAUUAAGACAAAAUGGAAAGUUUCUGGACACGACUCUACACGUUCAACCUGGAACAUCUUUAGAAAUGCUUGUAUAUUUAGACAAGAAAAGUUCAGAUAUAUAUGGCUUGCUAACAACUUAUUUAAAGGUAACGGAUAGUACACCUCAGCAGGAAGAAAUCAUUAUAAUGAAUGGAUGUUCGAUAGAUCCUUAUAUAUUCGGAAAUUUUCAAACAAACGAUAAUGGAAACACUCUUUUCGCAAAAUUCCGAGCAUUCAAGUUUCCAGAUUCCAAUUAUGUACUUUUUGUAGGAACCGUCAAUGUGUGUUUGCAGAAAUGCAAAGAGGUGCCUUGCGGAAAUAACCAAUACGGUUAUGGCAGAAAAAAGAGAGAAAUACCAGCAGAACUCCCUCAAGAUCCAAAUCGUGUGUUUGAAGUGGAAAUGACCGCUUUUCUAAGGGUUGAACAUUACCAAGAUCAUUUCACUUUAAAAAAAGGUUAG